AUGCCCGGCGGUCUAGAAAUAAGGGUUGCGCAUCCCGCGUCGCGGAGGUGGCCGUACCUUUCAUAUGACGGGCGAAUUCCACCCUCAACCUCCUUUGGUGCGCGGAGAGGCGCCCAGUCAGGCAUGGUGACCACGGCAGGGGUUCCACCUUCACUCUCAUCACUUCCAUGGCCGGCGACUAGACGGUGGAUCGCAGGAGUAGCCGCAGCCAGCGUGCGAGCGUCUUUUAAUCUCAGAGGCGCUCCAACCGCCCCAGUCCAGGGCCAGGCCCGCCGACCGUCGUCGGCACGCCGAUACCACGCGGCUGUGUGGCCCUCAUACGGCAUCACCACCCCCGGCCCCGACCGCCAGCUGCUCGGCCUGGCACGCUCGCCCUUUCGCUUCGAGACCGGCUACGCCAGCCAGGAUAAGAGAUUAUCCGUCCAGGGCGAACCGGUCCGGGGUCUGAACAAUGGCGACGAUGCGAUCAUCGUUGCAGAGAACUUUCUGGGCGUUGACGAUGGAGUAGGCGCCUGGGCGACAAAGCCUCGUGGCCAUGCUGCACUGUGGUCAAGACUCCUCCUACACUUCUGGGCUCUCGAGGUCGAGCGCCGAGUAUCUGAAAAUGCAACCACCCUAGACCCCGUCGAGUACCUCCAGACCGCAUACGAAGAAACCAUUCGCGCAACCACCUCCCCGACCCAGUGGCUCGGCACGACGACGUCAGCCACCGCCCUCCUCCACUGGACGCGCGAACCAGACGGUACCCAGAAACCUCUUCUCUACGUGACAAAUCUGGGCGACUGCAAGGUGCUCGUGAUCCGGCCGAGCGAAGAGAAAGUACUCUUCCGCACCAUGGAGCAAUGGCACUGGUUCGAUUGCCCCAUGCAGCUGGGCACCAACAGCGUCGACACUCCCCGCAAGGACGCGGUGCUAUCCAAGGUCGCCAUUCAAGAAAAUGAUAUCGUUCUCGCGCUGUCGGACGGAGUCAUGGACAACCUGUGGGAACACGAGGUGCUCAAAAUCAUCCUGGAUAGCCUUCACAAAUGGGACGAGGGACACAUCAAAGCCAAAAAUGUGAAUCCGCCUCCAAACCUGUCGGAGGAACGCAUGGUCUAUGUGGCUAGGGAACUGCUUAAUGCGGCUCUGAGUAUUGCUCAGGAUCCAUUCGCAGAGAGUCCGUACAUGGAAAAGGCGGUGGACGAAGGCAUCGCGAUUGAAGGUGGCAAGAUGGACGAUAUUUCUGUUGUGGCUGCGUCCUGCAAAAAGCGCGCUGGGUGA